AAUGAAAUUAUAUGGUUUUAAUUUAUUCAUUAUUUCCAAUGUGUACUUUUUUAAUUGUUAUUUGAUAAUAUGUUCUAUGAAUAAUUAGAGAUAUUUGGUAUUAAGAACAUACUAAGCCACGGCAAACUGAAUCAGAAUGUGAGCGUGAAUUAUUUAUUGGUUUAAUUUAAAUUAAAACAUGUAUUUUUGUGGGAAAAAAACGAAACAGGUGUUAAAAAACAUUUUAUGGACACGAUUCUAGUCGCAAAUAUGCAACAAUUUACGAUUGUAAAAUCUGUGGGAAACAAAUGUUCAAGAAGUUAUGUGAAGGAAUAGAAAAAAUUGCGUUAACACCUAUAAGAAUAGUUUCAUAAAGCAUUUCAAGAUGUAGACAAAAUCGAAUCGAGCAGUGAUAAUCCCAGCGAUAUUGAUUGACAAUGACGCACUAAGUGCAACGAGAUCGACAUCGAAGAUACAAAGCUGGAAUCGAUCAACGAAUUGCAAGUUAUAGAGUUAGUGCAGUAUCAGGACGAAAUAUCUACCAUGGAAGAGUAUCAUCACAUCAGUCAUCAAGAAAUGAUUACGGAAGCAGUUGAAUAUAAGAUGGAACAUUUAAACGACAAACUAGAAUCUGCAUUGAAAACAAACAAAACUGUGAAGAAACGAUUUUACGGACAAGAUUCGAGUCGUAAAUGCGCGACGAUCUACGAGUGUGAAAUCUGUGGGAAACAAAUGUUCAAGAAGCUACAGUUUUUGAAACACAGGCAGGAUCAUGAGAGGAAUCCGAAGAUCGAAAAUCGUUGUGAGGAUUGCGAUAAAAUCUUUACCAAUGAAGAGAAACUGUGGAAACAUAUGGUGAAGGUGCAUCAAAAAGAGAAACCGUUUCAAUGCGGUCUCUGCGGCAAAUGUUUCAAAACUGAAGAGUUCUUGAAGACCCAUCUGAAGCAGCAUAACAAACGGUUCACUUGCGACAUAUGCGGUAUCUCGAAGGUUUCCGGAUACGAUCUACGUCUACAUAAAAAGAAGCAUAAUAAAGAAUACGUAAUACAUUGUGAGACUUGCGGCAAGGGUUUUUAUACGAAUCAAACGCUGGAACGGCACUUGCUCACGCACACUGGCGAGAAGCCGUUCAUAUGUAAAAUAUGUAACACCGCGUAUGCGAGCGCGGCAUAUCUCAACAUACACAUGAAAUCUCACGGCGACAGAGAAAAACACAAGUGCAAUAUUUGCAAUUUUGAGAGCUACUGGAAAGCCGCGUUGAAGGUGCAUCUUAAGAAACACACCGGCGAGAAUCAAGUGACGUGCGAGUUGUGCGGGAAACCCGUCAGCAGCAAAGGGUAUCUGCAAGUUCAUAUGCGUAUACACUCGGGUGAGAAACCGCAUGUUUGCGAAGUAUGCGGCAAGGCGUUUAGUGUACGGAAAUAUUUGAUUGUGCAUCUGAGAACACAUACCGGCGAAAGACCUUAUGAGUGUAAGGUGUGUCAGAAAAGAUUCACGCAACAAGGCUCGUUGAAUGAACAUAUAAAAUCUCACAAUAAGAGUAAAUGAGACAUUUAACAAGGCUAAUAUACUUAUUCAUACUUAAUGCUCCGUCUAGUAUUAAAUACGCGCCGCAAAUUUUCAAUUUCAUUUUUCUAAAGAUAAUACAUUAAACGCUAUUAGAUAUAAAUUGAAAUUUAUGUGCGGCGAUGGUUGUGUUCCAAGAGUAUAAAUGCAAAACUUUGCGUAUAUUAUAUCUUUUUUUGUGAUUAGACAAUAAAUGCUAUAUACCGUUUUGUAAUUACUUAUUCAACGAGGAACUCCAUCCAUUUUUUGUGGACAUAUAUUUGCCGAAGUGCAUAUGGAAAAUAUUAAUUUUUUUAUUCGAGAUAUGAAACUGAUAAUAAUCACAAGAAAUGUAUAUAUUACGCAUAAAUAGUGUUAAAAACUAACAUUUAUUUCACAGAUUACUAAUCUAUAUUUCUACUUUAUAAAAUGUGCUCAAAACUGUCGACCAUUAGAUAGAUAUAUUUGUAAAUGGAAUUUGUAAAUGAAAGUUUUUUUUUUUUUAAUUUUUAUUUUAUAAUUAUCUAUAUAAAAUUAUUGUUGAUGUAGUUUUUGUUACAUGUGAGAAUAUAAAUUUAAUAUAAAGAGACGAUAUUCAACGAUGUUCGUAAAACGUUGGGAAAAAAUUAUUGAAUUAUGUUGAAUAUUAAUGUAGAAUAAACGUAUUAAAUAAUAUAUAAAACGAUAAAUGUAUCCAGGUGAGAUUCGUCAAUAAAAUCUUUUUCAAAUUAA